UACCCAGUACUGAUAUGGGAGUAUAUAAAUGCAGUGAAGCAUUCUAGAGAGAAAGCCCUAUCCCUUUUUAGCUUAAUCCCACAAAAAUGGCUGCCAAGAUUUGUUUUGCGCUCUUUUUCUGCUUAGUUUUAGCUGUUUCUGCUCUAAAUGCUCCUCUUGAAGGUUUUCUGCCAAAUGGGAACUUUGAGGAGGGUCCGAAGGCGAGUGACAUAAAGAAAACAGUUCUCCAAGGGAAACACGCGCUGCCGAGAUGGGAAACCUCCGGCCUAGUGGAGUACAUCUCCGGCGGGCCGCAGCCGGGGGGGAUGUUCUUUCCGGUGGCGCACGGCGUCCACGCCGUGAGGCUGGGAAACGAGGCGUCGAUAUCGCAGAACAUCCCGGUGAAGAAGGGGGCUCUUUACGCGCUGACAUUUGCGGCGUCGAGAACGUGCGCGCAGGAAGAGGUUUUGAGGGUGUCGGUUCCCCCCUUGUCCGGAGACAUUCCUCUGCAGACACUUUACAGCAGCAAUGGCGGCGAUGUGGUUUCCUUUGCUUUCAGAGCCGCUUCUGAGGCUGCAAUGGUGACGUUCCAUAACCCUGGGAAGCAAGAAGAUCCCACUUGUGGACCUCUCAUUGAUGCUGUUGCUAUUAAGGAACUCCUGCCUGUAUUGCCCACUAGAGAGAAUUUGGUGAGGAACAACGGGUUUGAGGAGGGUCCUCACCGGCUAAGGAACGCUUCAAACGGCGUUCUCCUCCCUCCAAAGCAGCAAGACAUGGUAUCCCCGCUUCCAGGCUGGCUAAUCGAGUCGCUCAAGGCGGUCAAGUACAUAGACGCAGCCCACUUCAACAUCCCCUUCGGGCGGGCAGCAGUCGAGCUGGUGGCAGGGAGGGAAAGUGCGAUUGCACAGAUCAUCAGAACCGUCCCGAAUAAGGUCUACACCCUAGCGUUCACCGUGGGAGACGCCAAGAACGGCUGCCAUGGCGACAUGAUGGUCGAGGCGUUUGCAGGCAAGAGCGCCUUCAAAGUUCCCUUCAGAUCCGUCGGGAAAGGCCACUCCAAAUCUGUCAGCUUCAGGUUCACUGCCAUUUCAAUCAGAACUAGGUUAACUUUCUUCAGCUCCUUUUACCAUACUAGGAUCAAUGACUAUGGAACUCUCUGUGGCCCGGUUCUCGACGAGGUUAAGGUCUCCCCCGCUGUCUAGACCAGAGAACGAUGUCGUUGUAGGCUCCACGAUAGGAGCAGGUUGAGGCUCUCGAGAUUGAAGUACAAUCCUUUUUAAAAACGUUGUUGUAUUCCCGACAAGUUUUUUGUGUGUGUAAUGAAUGGUUGGUAGAGUUGUUGCAAUGGUUAGUAAAGUGUCAAAUGUGAGUCAUAUGUUGCAACCAUGUAAUUGCCUUAGACUAUAAAUCUAUUAUCUUUUUGUUUUGUAAUA